UCGGAAGCGCUCGCCCAGGUACCACUGUUUCGACGGCAUUCUUUGCGCGAUCGAUUGAUCGAUCGGUCAAGGGUAUGGAAUGAGACGCGCGGGUUUUGCGAUCAUCGAAUUCGCGAGGUGAUAUGGAUAUGGACGCUCAUCACACCACCACCGCCGAGAUGAACGAGAAGCAAAAGUCCCGACUCUACCCCGCCUCUGGAGGCCUGUCGCAGUUCUUCCGCGACACCGAGGACGAGGAGAUGGAAUCGCCACCGCAGUUUAUGAGGGACAAGUGGAAGAAGCUGGUCCUAAAGCACAGCGCCGUCUUCGAGGCUCACGAGCUCGUCGGCGACUCCAAGUGGCAAGACAUCCCCAUGGAGCUCCUGGUGCGGAUACUAGCGCUGGUCGACCACCGCACGGUUUUGGUGGCCUCUGGCGUGUGCACUGGCUGGCGAGAUGCCUUGUCUCUUGGCAUCCUGGAGCUUUCAUUCUCUUGGUGUGGGAAGAGUGUGAGCAUGCUUGUACAAUCCGUGGCCUACAAGUUCUACCGCUUGCAGAGCUGCAACUUGCGAAGAUGCACACUACUUAACGACCAGGCCGUGCAAGCGAUCGCGCGGCACUGCCACGAUCUGUCGAGCUUGGACUUGUCAAACGGGAGGUCCAGCGGCACCAGGCUCACGGACUUGUCCCUGGUGGCUUUGGCAAACGGGUGCAAGCUGCUCCAGAAGCUCGACCUGAGUGGCUGCAUUGGGAUCACUGAGGCCGGGCUCGUCCAGUUAGCCGAGAGCUGCCGACAGCUCAAGCACCUGAACCUGUGCGGAUGCGACAAUGCGGGGUCGGACAACGCUUUGAAGGCUCUCGCGCAGAACUGCGUCGGGCUCCAGAUCUUAAAUGCCGGCUGGUGCGACAGAAUCACUGACGAAGGAAUAUCGGCAAUGGCUAUUUGGUGUCCCGACUUGCGAGGAGUCGAUCUCUGUGGUUGCCAUCUUAUCUCAGACGUGAGCGUGAUUGCACUGGCCGAGAAGUGCCACCGCUUGAGAUAUCUCGGCCUGCACUGCUGCAGGAACAUCACCGAUCUGUCCAUGUACUCGCUGGUGAACAGCCGAAAGUACCGGGCCCAAGGCAGCAGCGGCAAAAAGAAACUCUCGCCAUCCGGGAGUGGAAACCAGGAGAGCGCUACCGCUCGAAGCACCGUGACGAGGAGCAGCACCGGGAGCUGCAGCACAAGCGGAAGCUCCAGCAACAGCAGCUUCCAGAGCAGCAACGACAGCAGCACCACGACGUCCACCAAGAGCUACGUGCAGUGCAUUCUCAGCGACCAGGAUGGCUAUGGUCUGGUUUCGCUCAACCUGAGCGGCUGCACAGCCUUGUCCGGCCAGGCCGUCCAGGCGGUGUGCGACUCCUUCCCGGCGCUCCACACUUGCCCCGAGAGGCACUCGCUCAACGUAAGUGGAUGCACCAAUCUCACCUCCGUCCAUUGCUCCUGCGUUGUGGAUCGUGGUAACAGGUCCGCCAUCGCCAGCCGCCUCCAGCAGCAGUGAAAGAAGAUGACGAAGAUGGAGAAGCAAAAAAUCGCGAUGGAAUUCGCGACCACAAGUUCCACCACUGUGGUUUGUUUGUACAUUCAAAGUACGAUUUUUAUGAUAGUGUAAAGUGGUUCAUAUAUAUGCAAUCGUUUACUUUCUACAA